AUCGACCCAGCAGCGCACAGCUCUCCUGUCGACAGAACGUGAGGACCUGUGUGUGCUCACAGCUCGGUUUCCAACAGGAGACUCUGCCCAAUUAACUGUCGAUCGCCGAAAGAGCCAGCAGCCAACGGGCCGUCUACCCCUUUGUAUGUAUCAGCCAGCGAGCAUCGCCGGGUGGCUCCUUCCCAGCGUCUGAGACCCAUCAGGAACUGGAUCAAAAAAGUAAACAUUGUGGAGGGACACUGACAUGUUUGGAGAGAAAUGGGAACACAUACAAUGAAAGAGUAACAUUGAAAGCCCCCAAAGAAAUGUAUUGGAUCACAUAAUUUAAAGAUUAUGUAACUUGACCUUCAGGUAUGGCCUCAUCCUGCAUCUCUGAAUUGAGCUUUGCUUCAGCAUUGACUUCGUUCUCAGAAAACGGGCUGCUCCUUUGUAGAGGAGAUUCAUAUGUUCAGUCAUAACUGGAGUUUUUCAGAUUCCUGACAUUCAAAAAACGUGAUUUUUAAUACACUUUUACUACUUUAAUCAAUCAACAAUGGAUUGGAAUGCUAAACUGAAUAGUGUCACCUUACAACCAAUGUAUCCUAAAAAACAGUCAUCUCUUUUGGAGCCGAGUAUAAUAAACACACCAUCUCAAGUUCCUUUAAACACUCCUGGAAGUAACCAUCCUGCGUGUAUGUUUCGGAGUAACUCAUAUCCAGUUUCACAGUCACCUCUCAACAUCAGAAAUACAACUUCCCAACAAAUCUCUGCUUCUGAUAAACAUAGUAGGACAAUUUUUGCCUCACAAGCUUCAUUGGAAAGAAAAACUUAUGCAAAUGUAAAAGGACCCAAUCAACUAAAUAACAGUUUGCAAAUGUCUCCAGGAGUUGCACAAAAUGUGUGGGCAAACUCACCAGUGAGAAAUUCUAUGUUUUCUCAUACGGGGGCAGCUGUUUCUCAACAAACUGGUUUUAGAACUAAUCCACCAAAUGUAAAUGCACUACAGAAUCAAUUUGUAACAUCAGAAAUCUAUCCUAUGCAAGGACAGACGGUCCCUUCUAAUUCUGUAAGAGUUCCUGUAACUUAUCAAGGACACCAGAGACUUACCUCAUCUUUAUCAGAGCGACAGGCUGACUGGGCACAACAGUAUACAUCCAAUGGACUGACUUAUGCAGAUUACAGACCACGUCCAGAGCAAUACAGUUAUCCACCACAAAGCUUUUUGCAAAGUCCUACUCUUCAGAAACAAAAUACUAUGCAACUUACAUCAGUACAAGUUAAAAAUAGUAAUCAUUCAAAUUCUGCACUGACAUUACAGUCAAAGCAGACUGCAUCUUUACCGUCCUAUCAAAUUGCAGUUAUUCAGAAUGAAAAAAGACUUCUUCCUCCUUAUGACUGUAGGUACACAAGCCAAACUUUGCAAAAUACUCAGCAUGUUAUUAAUCACUCUUCAGAAGUUCCUCAGAGUCAAGAAGUUCAUACUUCUGAAAUGAGGAAAGACUUUUGCAGGGGCUUUCAACAGCAAAACCUCAAUGAAAAUGUCAGUAUAACUGGAAAUUUUUGUAACAUGAAAGUAAAUACUAAUGUCAAUCAGCCUGUUAGUGAGCCUACUAGAUCUGUGGACGAUGUUCAGAUUCUUCCUCAAAAUAAUCAAGAAGAAAGAGUAGAUUUUUCUAAUUUGACUUCAAGUCAAGUACUGGACACAAAUACUGUAAAAGAGAAGUUAGUGAAGGAUAUUAAACAAUUAGUAGAAAUGAGAAAGAAAUUUUCUGAACUGGCAAGGAAAAUUAAAAUUAAUAAAAAUGUUUUAAUGUUAGCAGGUUGUACUAAGGCUAAUAGUGAAACACCUCAAAAUUCUGAACUGUCUCUGAAACAAACUGGCAAUACCCAGUUUGGACCACAUGUAACCCCAGCCACUCCAGAGACUGCAGUGGAUAAAUCACCAAAAGCAGUGGAAAUAGCAGAAGAAACAAAUAGAAUGCACAGUACAUUGAAUUCUAAUAUUCAAGAGACCAAUUGCAGGAAUUCUAACCAGGUUAAUUCGAUUUCACUAAAUUCUGUGUGUUUGGGAAAAGGGCCAGUGCCAGACCAGUUACAUAAUUUAAAAGAUACCACGUCUUUCAAGAUGCCAACUAUGGAUAAUACUCAGUUUUCAUCAGGAAAUACAGUCAAUGUUAAAGAAAAUGUGCAAACCAAUUCUGAAACAAUUUUAGUUUCUCAGUCUAUGGCCUCUGAGUCAUACGCUUCAAAAUAUCUAAAUGAAAAUAGGCUACUUAUCAGUCUCCUUGCACAUUCAGAUGAAAUUGAGAAAAGGUUAAUGAAAGAUGGUUGUGAAACUAUUAAGGAUUCUAAUCCACACAGUUUUAAAAUGAAUGCUAAUACCCAAAUCACUAAUAACCAACUGAACUUGAAAACCAUGGAAACUCCAAGCUCUUGUAAUAUAAACGCGAAUGUAUCAGAAAAUUCUUUUUGCCUGGACAAUAAAUUCCCUAAAACUGGAGUACCUUUGAAUGCUGACAGUCAUUUGGAAUUGCUAGCAACAUGUCUUAAUCUGUGGAAAAAAAACCCUUCUGAACCUACAGAGAAAAAACAGUGUAAUGAGUUAACAACACAGAGAACAGCAGUUGGAAUCUCAAAAGCUGGGGAAAUCUGUGAUAAAACUCCAGUUUCACUUGUGGGAUAUUCUCAGAAUAAGAUGGAAAACUGCUCACAAGUAACAACUCUGCCAAUGGCAGUGCAAAGUUAUGAAUCUCCAGGUGCAACUACUAUUAAGGGAACAGAACUUCAGAUUGCUGUGGUGUCACCCUUAAUUUCAGAUAUCAAAACAUUGCCUGUCAAUGGAAUAACACCUGAUCCUUUACCUGAAACAGUCUAUCCAGUUAUUAAAGAAGGCAGUGUUUGUAGUUUACAGAAUCAAUUGGCAGAAAACACAAGAGUGACUGCUGUAUUGAAAGUGAACGAACCAGUUACAACAAAUAAGGUUUUGCCACUAAGUCAGAAGGAAAAGCGAAAUACGUCAACUAAUGGUAAUUCAGAAGAUGCACCUAAUACCAAUCAAGGAAAUCCAGUAGAAUCUGAACCAAAUAGUCACUGUCCUGUGAGUGAUCAGCAAGCUUCAUCUAACUCUAAAGACAAUGAUACUGUGAGUAGUGAGUUGUUGCAGAUUGACAAUAUAUGUUCUCUGGUUGAAGGUGAUACAUCUUAUAAUUAUCAAAUAGCAAAGAUAUUCAACUCACCUCCUAUUGAACAGAUUGAGUCACAGAAAUCAUUACCUAAUCUCCAAGUGAUUAGUACUAAAAAACAAAAAGAACAAUUAGACAAUAUCACUGAAAAGAUAGAGCUUGGUUUACAAAAAGAUAAUUUUUUACAGUACACAGAUGUUUUAUAUAAAAUACCUGAUCAAUCAAAGUCACCACAACCUCUAGAGUUAUAUUUGAAGAAUGUUGAUUCAAGUAGUGAAAAUCCAGAGGAAAACAAUUUGAAGCAUUAUAGUGAAAAAGUAAGCACAGCUAAAGAUAUGUGUUCAUCAGCUGCUCUUAAUCAGGACAGUAACCCCCAGGAAAUUGAUGUGUCCUGCAAUCACACUGCCCAGGACUCUGCAGUAAAUGAGGUUCUUGAUAACACAUCCAUUUUCUUCCCACGCAAUCAGCUUUCAGAACUCUCAAAAGAAUUUCCCUAUGGUAUUGAACCUGUGACUACACAUGAAGAUUCUUCAGCAAAACAAAUAACGGACAAAAACUCAAAGGAUGAGUCUUGUGAUAAAACCAGCUGUGACUCCAAAGAUGCAACUGAUGACAUAAAAAUUACAAUAUUAAACUCAGAGCAAAUGAAAGAAUUAUUUCCCGAACAGAAUGAUCAAUCUUGUGAAUUAGACAAGUUUACAAACUCUCAGAAAGAAAACCCUGUCACAAAAAAUGGAAUCCACUGUGUCUCACCAGUACAUACAGAUGGAGAAAGUUCCAAUUUUGUUAUGGAUUCAGAGAAAGAUGAUGUCCGUUGCUGUGCAUUGGGUUGGCUCUCUAAUGUUUAUGAAGGAGUUCCCCAGUGUCAGUGUAAGUCCAUCAAUAACUUGACUUCAAAGGUUGAAAAUGGAAAAGAUCAGUGUUCUCUGGAGACCAGCAGUUGUAAGCAAGUAGAGAGUACUUCUGAUAAAGAUUAUUCCAUAGUAUGUAAUAGUUCUCCAAAUAACAAUCCAAAGAUUGCGCUGACUUUUCCGAUUGGGAAAAACCCUUUUUCUGAAACAGAACAAGGCAGGACUAUGAAAGAUCUAUCAGAACCAAAAUAUAGCUCACUAAGGACAGAACAAGAAUUAUCUACCCCAUCUGUUUCUAAAGGGGAUAAAAAACUGGAUUCCUUAAAAUGUCACAAAAAGAAAAGAAAACUGAAAUUUCAUGAGCUGACUUUUCAUUCUAGUGCUAAAAGAAAGUUUUCUCAAGAGAGCUUGCAGAGAAAGAUCAUAGCACAAAAUUCAAGUCCACCUAAAGCAAAGCCAGGUUUCUCGACAAAUAAAGAUUUGCAUAUAAAAAAUGGUUCUUUUGUACAGAAAUUAUUGCCAGAAAAGAUAAAAUUGGAAACAGGUGAUCGUCAGCGAAAAGUUUCAGCAAAAAGGAAGUUAGGUGAAGGGAGCAUACUUAAUUCAGAGGUAAAGAAGAUGAAGUAUUUUAAACAAGAGCAAAAUAAAAAUGGAGAUGGUACUUUGAAAACGUGUACUCUUUUGUCAAGCCCCGAUGGAAGAGCCAAAGUUAAAGAAAAAACAGUAUCUAAUAUUAAAUCAUUAGGCUCUACGUCUAAGGAUAAUUUGCCUAAAGUUGUUAUAACGCUAGAGCAGUAUUUGCAAAGGCAGAAGCAUAAAGAAGCAAUGGGUGUCAAAGCAUCAAAAUUAAACUGUGAGAAAAGUAUACCGUGUGAUUCUCAAUCCAUGAGGUCCAGUAAACUUUCUAUGCAAGUGGGGAGUUCUGGGAAAUCAGAUGAGAGACACAGUAGCAGUGUGCAGACUUCUGAAGAAUCAUUAAGUAUUUGUUCAAGCCAUGAUAAAAACACAAAAAUUCACCAUUCUCAUGUUUCUAAAUCAUACCUUUUGGGGAAUGCUAAAGAAACAGUUGGUGGAAAGCAACCUGAUAAAAUGUUCAUUGAUAAAACCAAAUUAGAUAAAAAUUUAAACAACAUAAACAAUGGAGGUGAACGCAACCACUUGUCUCCCCAAGCAAAGGAGCAAAGGAAACAAUAUCUGAACAGAGUUGCAUUUAAAUGUAUUGAGCAAGAGAGCAUUUGUCUCACAAAACUUGAGAGUUUGCCGAAAAAUAUUAAUAAAGAGAAGAGAGUGGAAAAUAAACCUUUACCUCAGAAAAAUACCACAGAAAAACAAAGCAUGCUGGAGUUUAAAUUAUGUCCAGAUGGACUGAUUAAUAAGAAGAUAAAUUCCACUGAAGAACAGAAGGAUCUGCAACCUUGUCCUAGGAAGGAGCAAGCCCCUGUGCAAGUUACAGGAAUAAAAAGUUCCAAAGAAGACUGGAUAAAAGGUGCACCUGAGGAGAAAAGGAUUCCAGAAGCCAACCAAGAAAUAGGAGUCUGUAACUCAGAGCCAUUGUUGGUUCGGUUCCGGCGCCUCCACUCCAACUCCCGUGGGUCUCUUCUGUAUGCAACGGAUGGCAUUGUCCUAGACAAAGCAGCUGGUACAAAGCGGGGACCUGAUGAGCUCUCCUCUGCCUGCAUAACAACAGGACCUAUCUCAGCUUCCGCAGCAAAUGGAAAUGACAGGAAGAAGUUUAAAGGUGACAGCACCACGUUGAAAGGUGACAGCAAGAAGUUGAAUGGUGACAAUAAGUUGAAAAUUGACAGCAAGAAGUUGAAUGGUGACAGUAAGUUGAAAAUUGACAGCAAGAAGUUGAAUGGUGACAAUAAGUUGAAAAUUGACAGCAAGAAGUUGAAAUGUGAUAGCAAGAAGUUGAAAGGUGACAGCAGUAAGUUGAAUGGUGACAAUAAGUUGAAAGGUGACAGGGAGAAAUUGAUGUUGAAAGGUGAUAGGGAGAAGUUGAAGUUGAAAGGUGACAGCAGGAAGUCGCAUGGUGAUAAGUUGAAAAUUGACAGUGCGAAGUUGAAAGGUGAUGGCAGUAAGUUGAACAGUGACAGCAAGAAAACGAAAGGCAACAGUAAGAAUUCCUCAGGUGACAACAGAAGUUCAGGUGUUCCCUCCAGAGUGAUCUGCAUCGGGAAGCUCCCUGGGGAUGUCACUGAGGAUGAGGUCAUUUUUCUGGGACUGCCGUUUGGGAAGGUCACCAACUUCCUGAUGAUGAAAUGGAGAAACCAGGCAUUCAUUGAGAUGAACACAGAGGAAGCUGCCAUCACCAUGGUGAACUACUAUACCUCCAUGAAACUCAUGCUUCGAGGCCAGCCCAUCUACAUCCAGUUCUCCCACCAGAAGGAACUCAAUACCAGCAGCUCACACAACCAGGCACAGGUCCAGUCAGCCUUGCAGGCUCUGAACUCAGUAAAGUCCAGGAACGUGGCUCUGGCUGCCUCGGCUGGUGCUGUGGGUGUAGGCACUAUAGAAGCAGGUCCUGUUGUUGCUAUGAAUGUGGCCGCUGUGGAUGUUGGUGCUGUGGAUGCUGUGGAUGUUGGUGCUGUGGAUGCUGUGGAUGUGGGGGCGGGCCCUGUGAGCUCAGUAGCUGUGAGCGCAGACUCUGUGGGCACGGGUGCUGUAUGCUCAGGCACUGAUGAUGCAGGACCUGCAGACGCAGCUGCUGUGGAUGCAGGUACGGUGAUGACUGGCCAGAGCCCAGUCCUCAGGAUUAUCUUAGAGAACCUCUCCCACCCAUUCUCCCUGGACAUGCUUCACCAGAUCUUUUCCAAUUUUGGCAGAGUUUUGAAAAUCACCACUUUCACCCAGAACAACAUGUUCGAGGCACUGCUGCAGUUUGCUGAACCAUUGAGCGCCGAGCUCGCAAAGGUGUUUCUGGACAGUUGGAACAUCUUUGGUUGCACAGUUCGCGUCAGCUUUUCCACCUCUUCCAUCCUCAAUGUGAAGUACAACAGCAGCAAGAGCCGAGUCUACACCUAUCCUGACCUAUCCUGGCAUGACAGCCAGUCCUUACAGGACCAGGCCAUGGCCUUGGCCUUCAGUGCUGCUCCGAUAAUGUCAGCCCCUGUGAAAUCAGGAGCUGGUUUUCCUUCCACCCUUGAUAUUCCUCAAGCUGCAGGCCUCUGUGAUCCCAAUGAGCUCCAGGCCCUGCCCCCUGUGGCCAUCCCGUUGGUGUCAGGGGUAGCAACAGCAGAAGCAGGCCAGAUUGCCAUCGCAGACCCUGCACCUAUGGCCAACCAUUCGGUGUUGGGGGCAUCAACAAAAGAAGCAGGUCAGAUUGCCAUCCCAGGCCCAGCAGGGGCUGGAAAUUGUGUCCUGCUGGUCAAGAACCUCAACCCUGAGAGAAUCACAAUCCAAAACCUCUUCAUUAUUUUCGGUGUGUAUGGCGAUGUCCAGCGGGCGAAGAUUUUCUUUAAAAAUAAGACGCGAGCUCUGGUGCAGAUGGCUGAUGGGAUCCAGGCCCAGCUGGCCAUGAGCCACCUCAAUGGGCAUAAGCUGCACGGAAAGCCUAUGCUCAUCACGGUCACCCCGUAUAAAAAUGUGCAUCUGCUUCAUGAGGGCCAGGCAGACCUGGGCCUCACCAAAGACUACAGCAACUCACCCCUGCACCGCUUCAGGAAUGCAUGCUCCAAGAAGUUCCAGAAUGUUUUCCCACCCUCAGAGAACCUGUACCUCUCCCAGAUACCACCCUUCACAUCCACACACAACCUCAAGGCCCUCUUCUCCAGCAACGGCAGACUUGUAAAAAAAUUGAAGUUCUUCAAGAAGUGCGGGAGCACGGCGCUGAUCACAAUGGGUUCAGUGGAAGAGGCAAUCCAGGCGCUCAUCGACCUGCACUAUUAUGAACUGGGAGAAAACCACCACCUGUGGGUGACCUUUGCCAAAAUACCUGUUGACAACUUUCAUCUUUCUAGAAAACAGCCACUUUCAAAGCAGCUGAAGUGACCUUAAAAUACCAGAGUUGUUUUUUUAAAAGACAAAUCAGUUUACCUGUUUUUUAAUAUAAUUCACUUUGCUCAUCUUGUGGAGAUGGGGUGCCAGCCUCGGGUUUUCAGUGACACGUGGAAAGGAUACCUGCUCCUCCCUGGUGCCCCCUUGCCUGUUGCUCUUGCAGCCUAUCCCUUUGGCAUUCCCAAACCUCCAAUUGGCCUUUUUGUGCCUUAACAUAUACUGCUCUGGCAGGUCUUUCUUGGUGGUGGUAAUGCUCAUCGGUUUGGGGACUGCCUCCCUCAGGGUUCAUGUACCUGACAUGGCAAGAAGCUGCCAGCUACAGGAUGUACCCACAUUUCAAUCUUCCUUUUUAUCAAGUAUGUCAUUCUCCCCACACCUGGCAUAAGAUAUCCCUCCUGUGAUGAGACACCUGAAGGUGUGUGUCCCUGGUGCUUCUUUAGCUUGUAGCUUUGUUUCAUCAUUAAUCUCAAUUGUGCUUUGAUGCAGUUGCAGACAUUUGCUCCUAGCAAUAUUUCCGGUUGACAAAAUAUUCUAGUCUUCAUUUAUAUGUAAAAGAAAUAAGGAAUAACUUUCUAUAUAACAAGAUGAUAAAAAUGGUAUGUGUGUAAAUCUAAAUUUUCUUAUUCCUUGGAGUUAAGUUGCAGGAGCAGAAUCUAGUGUCCAGGGUAGACACAGUGGGGGCUACUGAGAAGCCUGGUUCUUUCUAGAAAUCCCCAGACUUGAGUCUUCUGGAUGUAGAUGCCUUUCACCUAACCUGUCCUCUGGGAGGUCCAGGGUUCUUCGAACUUGCAUGGUUUCUUUUUUCAUGCAAUUUUUGGACCAAAGUUUUCUGGGAUUUUUUUUGCCUGCCUCUUGAGCUGUUUCCUUUACCUUGUGCAGUUCUGCAUUCACAGGUCCUAGGGUCUUCCCUCUGCACAGACCAGACUUCAUGCUGGCUGGACUGGCCCAUCCUUUUAGUGCCUGGAACCCUGAACUUUCAUGUAUGGGUGGGGACAAGGGUAUAAAUACAAGUUUUUAUACAAAUUGUAAGACAUGAGGUGCAGCAUGUAUUUUUUUAUAGUGCUACAAAUAAUGUAUUUUUAUACCAGCUGUUUACAGGGUCAGUAUUGUUAAUGUGGGGGUUAUAUGGCACAUUCCACUGCCUGCCUGACAAUUUGUAAUGUGGAAAGAACUGAAUUAAAGUGAUUUUAUAACAACUUUGCCUUUUCCUUAGGCUUUCUGUUCAUGUUGUUGAAGGCAGUUUGGCCAGUAUGUACUGGACUUUGAAUAAACUCUGUAUCCUGAAAAAAUAAAAACAGAAGAUUCAGUGUUUGUGUUUAUCAGUAGUAGAAAGAUAUGGGGAGAGAAGCAGUGAUCUAUUUCCUAAGUGUGGAAUUGAGUUAUUUUCAUAAUGAGACUGAUGCUGAUUUUUAUAUCUGGGGAGGUAUUUGGGCUGAGGACCAACCAUAAAUACCAGAGCUUUUAACAUUCAGUUUAAUUGGUGGAAUGAAUCUAGUUAAUUUUUAGGGUUUUGCAUUGAGGAGUAGAAGCUUGGGUUCUGGAGUUUUAUUUUGGUUUUGGUUUAUUGAAUGUCAAGGCAAUAGUUUAGUCGCUUGAAAACAAAAACAAUUUCACCAGAAGCAACAAGAAGGGAAAGCACAUUUUCAGAAAAGAAUGAAAAGUUGAAAAAAGGCUGAAAGCACAAGUACUUAUAGAAAUUGAGUCAUACACAUUGUGCAAUUAGGAAAAAGUUGACUGAAAGGAGAAGUGAACUCUUAUUAAUCAGAAUUGGAAAACAAUCAGAAAGGACCCGAGAUUAAAAUUUUUUUGAAAUUGGAACACCAAAAGUCAAAAAUAACAGUGAUAGAAAUGAGCAUGUAAAUGAAAGCAAGAAAGGUCCAUAGAAAGAGGAGACAUAGGUAUUACUCCAAAGAGAAGGUGAGAGCCAUACUUGAUACCUGAAUAUGAAAAUAUUCAGAAGAUGGAUGCACGGGUUGUCCAACAGUCUUCAGGCAAGAGAUAAUUAACGGAUAAAAACAACCACCAACAGGAUGAGCAAUAAACAGUGAAACACCAAUACCUAGAAUCAUGGUAGGAAAAAAACAUAAACCAGGGAAGAAGCACAAUGAGACUUGCAGUUGUACAAGUGAUUGGUUGGAAGACAUGCUCUUCUAAUUUCUCCAUCAUAUGUGGAGAGGGGAGCAGUGAUCUAUUUUAACGAUGAGGGGAGUCCCAGUUACACAAGUUUUAGACCUCUGUUCAUUCUGAUGAGGCUCCGUGAGAGAAGAGAGAUGAACUGAACAUUGUGAACUUAUGUGAAGUGAGAUAAGGAAUGCUACGACUCCCAAAGAGUCGAAGCAACCUAUAAAACUUUCCCUCCUGGGUAUUGUAGAAAAGAAAGUAACUUACUUGAAUGGAAAGCAGCAAAGAGACACCCCUAAGGCAGCAGCAAUUCUGUCCCCAUGAGAAGAAUGAGGGUGGAGAAGAAUUACGAAGAGGAUAGAUUAUUUGACCCACCCAGGCUUGCAGAAUGUAAAACCUACCUCGUGGAAAGUUAUGGCUGGAGCUGGGAUGAAAAGUAUUGGAAUUUUGCACCUGGUGAACCAUUAGUGAAAUAAAGAGGCACAUCAAGAAGUGCACAUGAAAAGCUGGGGCCAGGAUUUAAAGGAAUAGUGAGGCUAAUACAGCACUGAAACCAUUUAAUGAAGUAAAAGUACAGGCAUGUUAUGGAAUGCCUAAGCCAGAAUUUUAAAACUGGAAUUGACUGGUGUUUGUGCUGUUCAAAUAGCAAUGAAGAAGAUCACACAGUUGUGUUCAAAUGUCAAAUUAGAUUUUUGUUGAGCAAGGGAAGAAGUGGAACAGCCUUACCUUAGGAGUGACAAUGAGAGUAGAAAAACAACCCAAAGGACAGGCAAGAAAGAAGUUCUGUGUGUAAUCUGUUUAAUUGAGAAAAGCCAUAGUUCAUCAAACUUUUAACUCAUCCCAAUUUUUUAUACCAGAGAAGAUUGUUUCUCUGUUUUGCUCACUAACAUUAAGAGAAUAAUAAAGUAAAUAAAUGAAAUUUCUGUUU